AAAACUUUAUUCAAAAAGAACAACUUCCUGUCAGUAUUCUUGCCAUAGGAGUAGACUAAAGGCAUAGACCCAGUCAUGUUGCAGUGGAUAGUAAUUUAUUUUCUUGUUUUUGUGGCUGCAAGAUUUACAUUAACCAAAAUUGUUAGCUCAUUUUCAGAAUGUGAAGGACUUUUUUAUAAACACACGGAACCUCAAGGAUUCAGCACACAAAACACAGUGAAAAUUUGUCAGCGAUUUUAUGGCUACUACCGGUUUGCAACUCUCUACAGUACUGAAUACAGAAUUCCAGUGUACAAUGCCUUCCAGCUAACCUAUCCUUCAUUUGAGAGCACUUGGAAUGAAAUGUUUUCUGACUUAGAGGACAGCAAUAAAGAAUUCAUGUUCCCUAUAUACAGCAAACAAGAAAAUGGAAUGGUGGAACCACAAACACUUUAUGAGCUCAAGGACAGCAAACAUGAAACACAACACUACAACAAUGUACGGGGCAUUCCAUUCCACUUUUAUGGACUCACACUGACCAUUCCGGUGACUGAGUCACUGAAGGAAAAGUGGUACUUUAAAACUCAAAGGCAUAUCAAAGACAGAAUUGAAAAACAAUCAAAGGGAAAUCGUGUGUUCUUAGUUACAGGUCCGAUCCUUCAGAAGUAUGACUCUAGAAGCAAUGACAUUACAGCAGUCAAACAGAUCUGGAUUGCUGGUUGCUUCUCUGACUUUGAUGGCUAUGAUUCUACAUUUGCUUACAUGGUUAAAGCAACUGGCAGUAUUGAAGAAGUCACUCUGUCAGACUUGCAGAACAUGCUAGGGGGAGAUACUAUGAUAUUUAUGGACAACUGUUCCAAUAGCACUGACAAACACGUCAUAUAUUUUGAUACCUUCUGCUUGGAGAUUGGGCUUUGGGUUGUAACUUCACUUCUACCACAUGACAUUUUUAUCACUAUUGCGGCUGUACUGCUUCUUUGUGCAUCUAAGGGUAAUCUGGUGCUUUCUAUCAUACAAAUGCCUGAAAACGUUAUAGUCUUGAUCAUCGUAGCAGGAAAAGUAAUUAAGUUCAAAGCUUUGUAUCACACAUUUGUAUCAUAUCACAUAUUUAUAAUAACUGCUUUUAUGGCACUUCAAAGUGACAUUAUUACUUUUAGUAAUUUGGUGGUUUUAGGAGCAGUUUCUGUUUCCAUCAAUCUUUUUAUGUUGGUUGGCAGUGGAAAAGUUAAUAAAUGGAAUGCAUUUAUCACUGCCAUGGUUGACUUUACUCCCUUUGUGAUUCUUUCCAUAGGAUCUGGUUAUGUCCUUUCCUGCCUGUCUAUAUUGCUUUGCAUAUAUAUUGUAUUAUUCUUUCUAACUGGAGCUUUAAUUGAGGAAGCUUGUAUCUGGCUAUUAGCUAUUUCUCUCUUUUUUCUAAAUAUAAUUAUUUGUAAGCUGUUUGUUUAUACUAUAGCAAGCAAUUAUCCAUUUAAGCAUGGAGCUGCAGCCAUACUUGUUGUUCUUAUCCUAUUUGUAUUUGCUAUUGUUUGUGAAAUUGUGAAUAGUUUAUUAUGGUGCCUUGAGAAUUGUAUAACUGUAUUAAUAUAGUUUAUCGCAUUUCUGAAAUGGCCAAUAUCUCAUCACACUGCUCCCAAUUAAAUGACUUCCAUUAUUAUCCUGGGUUAGUAACUAAGGAGCUUCAAUCCUCACUGCUGACUCCAAUAUGAGACUGUCAUUUAAACAGAAGUAACUCCAAAAUAACAAGCACUGCAAAACAAAGUCGGAAGGUAACAUAAAAAUACUUUGUAAUGUGUUAGCGCUUUCACAGCAAUCCAAGCCGUUUCCUCAGACACAGAAUUCAAACAGUACUUUACAUUUAAAACAAGACACCCCAUAAAAAUCCAGUCUCAAUCAUGCAAUUAAUGCCUUAAUUCUAGCAUUUAAAGCAUAAAAUAAAUAAUAUAAAAGUAUAAAACCAGUUCUAAAGAAUAGGAUUUUUAGAUAUGUUGG